GAGGGCGGGACGUUUCGUCCUCCCUGCCGCACGUGCCCCGCCUACCCCGAGAGGCCCGGGAGUGCCUGUACCUUUCAGCUGCGCCGGCCGGGAGGCCACGGGGAGCUCGCCUUGGAGAGCCCAGGAGCAGGCGAGAUAUGGACUCAGUGGUCUUUGAGGAUGUGGCUGUGGACUUCACCAUGGAGGAGUGGGCUUUGCUGGAUUCUGCUCAGAGGAACCUCUACAGAGAUGUGAUGCUGGAGACCUUCCGGAACCUGGCCUCAGUAGAUGAUGAGACUCAAUUUAAAGCCAAUGGGUCAGUUUCUCAGCAGGAUAUGUACAGGGAAGAAAAAUCUAAGAAACAGACAAUACCAAACUUCACAGGAAAUAAUUCCUGUGCCUACACUUCAGAAAAAAAUUGUGAAGGCUAUGGCACUGAAGACCACCACAAAAAUCUGAGAAAUCAUAUGGUGGACAGAUUCUGUAAACAUAAUGAAGGUAAUCAAUAUGGAGAAGCCAUCCAUCAAAUGCCAAACCUUACCCUGUACAAGGAGAUUUCUGCUGGAGAAAAACCAUAUGAAUGCACCAAGUGUGGGACAGUCUUCACGCAUCUUUCUUCUCUUAAAAGGCACAUCAGGUCUCGCUGUGGACGAAAAGCGCCUCCGUGUGAGGAAUGUAAGCGGGCCUGCAUUUGUCCCUCACACCUACACCGUCCUGGAAGAACCAACGCUGACGAGAAGCCGUAUAAGUGUCAAGCAUGUGGGCAAACUUUCCAACAUCCCCGUUCCCUCUCUCACCACGUAAAGACUCACACAGCAGAGAAAACCUACAAAUGCGAGCAAUGUCGGAUGGCGUUUAAUGGGUUCGCAAGCUUCACUAGACAUGUGAGAACUCACACAAGAGACAGGCCAUAUAAAUGUCAGGAAUGUGGGAGAGCCUUCAUUUAUCCCUCGACAUUUCAAAGACACAUGACAACACACACUGGAGAGAAGCCCUAUAAAUGUCAACACUGUGGGAAAGCCUUCACUUACCCCCAGGCUUUUCAAAGACAUGAGAAGAUGCACACGGGAGAGAAGCCCUACGAAUGCAAGCAGUGUGGGAAAACAUUCAGUUGGUCGGAAACCUUGCGAGUCCACAUGAGGAUCCACACUGGGGAGAAACUCUAUAAAUGUGAACGCUGUGGGAAGGCUUUUACCUCUUCCAGAUCAUUCCAAGGUCAUUUGAGGACGCACACUGGAGAGAAACCUUAUGAGUGUAAACAAUGUGGGAAAGCCUUCACUUGGUCCUCAACAUUUAGAGAACAUGUGAGAAUUCACACGCAAGAGCAGCUCUAUAAAUGUGAACAAUGUGGGAAGGCUUUUACCUCUUCCAGAUCAUUCCAAGGUCAUUUGAGGACGCACACUGGAGAGAAGCCUUAUGAGUGUAAACAAUGUGGAAAAACCUUCACUUGGUCCUCAACGUUUAGAGAACAUGUGAGAAUUCACACACAAGAGCAGCUCUAUAAAUGUGAACACUGUGGGAAGGCCUUUACCUCUUCCAGAGCAUUCCAAGGUCAUUUGAGGAUGCAUACUGGAGAGAAGCCUUAUGAGUGUAAACAAUGUGGGAAAACCUUCACUUGGUCCUCAACCUUACAUAAUCAUGUGAGGAUGCACACUGGAGAGAAACCUCACAAAUGUAAACAAUGUGGGAUGUCCUUCAAGUGGCCCUCCUCCUUCCGGAACCAUCUGAGGAUGCACACAGGACAGAAAUCCCACGAAUGUCAGUCAUACUCAAAAGCCUUCAGUUGCCAAGUCAUUCUUUCUAAAACCAGUGAGAGCACACACUAAAGAGAAAUUCUAUAACUCAGUAACAGGGGGUAACCUCACAUUAAUUCAUGUAUAAUACUCCAGAAAAUUCACACCAGGAGAGAAAUCUUACAAGUAUGAUACUGUCUUUGUCAAUACCUCAUUUGUAAAACAGACCCAUUAGUCAUGAAUUUCCAGCUGUUUCAAAAAUAAAUGUUUAUGUGAGAAAAUAAUUCUCUAAGUCCUCUAUCAGCUAUAGUACCUGAAGUUUUAAUAGUUAAGUGUUUUAUCUCUUAAAUAUUUUCAUUUCGAACCAUAUUAGACCCAUGGUGAUUUGAAGUGUACUUUGAACAGAGUCUCGCUCUGUCACCCAGGCUGGGGUGCAGUGGUGCGAUCUCCACUCACUGCAAGCUCUGCCUCCCGAGUUCACGCCAUUCUCCUGCCUCAGCCUCCAGAGUAGCUGGGACUACAGGCACCUGCCACCAGGCCUGGCUAAUUUUUUGUAUUUUUAGCAGAGAUGGGGUUUCACCAUGUUAGCCAGGAUGGUCUCGAUCUCCUGACCUCGUCAUCCACCCACCUCGGCCUCCCAAAGUGCUGGGAUUACAGGCGUGAGCCACCGUGCCCAGCUGAACAUGACAUAAUUUUUAUAGUUUCUAUAUUUUUCUGUAUGGGAUCAUUACAACAAUGAAACUUUGACAUUUCUUAUUCUUAGUGGCCUACUGCUACAGAUAGUGGAUAUCACUUACCUAUUUUAUAUAUUGUACCUUACCAAAUUUUUUUUUGCAAAACCUUGUAAAUAUGCAGAGUUCUCUAUAAAGUAUAGUCUCUAAUCAUCUUU